AUGGCGGAUCAUCGGGGCGAAGCGGCGUCGUCGGGGAGUAUACACACAGGCGGCGGCAUCUCGGCUUCUACACCCCUCCUCGGGGCCGACGCCUCCCCUCCGGCAUUGGACCACUUUGCGCCCGGCGACCCCGACAACCCGCGCAACUGGUCACCGUGGCGCAAAUGGCUCAUUGUCGCCGCCAUCACCCCCAUCGACUUGUCCGUGUCCUGGGGCGCGUCGGGAUUCUCGCCCGCCACCGCCAGCUUCCGCGCCGAGUUUGGUCUGUCGGAGACGGUCGCCACGCUCGGUCUGAGCCUCUACAUUGCCGGUCUUGCCCUGGGACCAAUGUCGCUGGCGCCACUGAGUGAGUUCUUUGGAAGGAGCGUCAUCUAUGUGGGAUCCUAUGCCGUGUUUCUGGUUCUUUUGGCUGCCACGGCGCUGGUGCAGCAUGUGGCUGGAUUCAUGGUGCUGCGCUUUUUCAGUGGCCUCUUUGCUGCUGUGACGAUUGCCAAUUUUGGUGGCUCUAUUGCAGACAUGUGGACUCAUCACGAGACCGGCAUCGCCAUGUCCAUCUAUCUCUGGGCCGCUACAUGCGGAAGUCCCUCCGGGUUUUUUGCCAUGUCAUUUGUAGCCGAGUAUCGAGGCUGGCGUGAGGUGUUUUGGGCUCUGCUGGGUGUCUGCGGGACAUUUUGGCUGAUCAUGGCACUGACCCUUCGCGAGACGCGGCAUACCACCAUUCUCCGUAAUCGCGUCAAGGCCGCGAGAAAGCGCAAUGGUGCCAAUGCAGACGAUUCCAAGCCAGAUGGCCUACACCGCAGAUCCGCGCACGAGUUGUUCAACGUCGCCUUGACGAGGCCCUUUCGGUUCUUGCUGACAGAGGCCAUCAUCAUCUUUGCAGCCCUCUACAAUGGCUAUCUCUAUGGCCUGAGCUUUUUGUUCAAUGGCGCAUUCAGAAUGGUCUUCGGCGAGGGUCACGGGUUCAGCACUCUAGAGGUUGGAUGCGCAUUCUUGGGAAUUGCGUUUGGCAUAUCCGUCGGUCCAUUCACAAAUUUGUGGCAGGAGAGGUACUACCAGAAGCGCCUCGCAUCUUCAAGCAGUGCGGCCGUUCCAGAGGCUCGGUUACAGUUGGCCAUGGUAGCCGCUGUUGUUUUUCCCAUAUCGUUAUUUUGGUUCGCUUGGACAACUGAUGCGAGCAUCGCGCCCAUUGUGCCAAUUGUGGCUUCGGCAUUCUGGGGAUGGUCCUUUUACACACUUAUUUUGAUGACUUUCCAGUAUACUGAAGACGCAUAUAGGGUCUACUCAGCUUCAGCUUUGGCUGGUAUUGGCUUGGUUCGCAACAUUGCCGGCGCUGCAUUUCCCCUCUUUGGCCGAGAGUUAUUCUCUAAACUAGGGUAUCAGUGGGGAGGAAGUUUACUGGCUUUUCUGAGUAUUGCUUUAAUACCAAUCCCCUUCGUCUUGGCUCGUUACGGGCCUGUCAUUAGACGGAAAAGUCCGUGGGCGAGCCAACAUAUGGACGAUGGGGUCGAUGACUAG